AUGUGCACCUCAUCUGUAAGCCCCGGGAUAAUUGAAGAAUCUGCUUUUGUGAACAGCCAUACUCUUGCAACUCAACCCGAUACUGUUCACGGAGCUCAAGAUAGUUCAGUGGUUAACGCGCAAACUUCCCAACUGAAGCCUGGGAAACCUGGCAGUAUAUUAGCCCUCAUACUUGCUUCGAGUGGAAUGGCAGACAGACAACGAGAGGUUGCUAGAGCUGAACGAUUAGCUAUUUCUGAUCUAGAAAGACGUUUUAUAAACGAGGAACUGAGUGGCUUGCGCCGCUCGGUCCGCGGUUCGAAUCCGACCUCCGCCACUCGACUUCCCCUGUCUAGGCUUGGGCAACCUGGCAGUAUCCCAGCCCUCGUGCUUCCUCCGGGUGGCAUGGCAGCUAGGCACCGGAAGGGUGCUACAGCUGAACGCUUUUAG